CUAUAUUUACGAUACUGAUGCUGCUUGCUAAAUUCCACACGGUCGCCGUCUGCAACUACUAUCAAUCAGCGGCAGCACAGCGAAAUAAGGUGCCUGCGGACGCGAUGUCGUAUUUCUUUCGAAUAGGACUUAAGAAAUUCGCCGUCGCAUGGGGUACGAAGAAUAGUAGAAAUUGCCUAACGAGUCUGCACGGUGCAAUAGCGCUCGCAUCAAACCGGCACAUUGCUACCACGUUUCCCGUCAGGAGAAAAGAAACCUUUGACGUAACCUUCGUCCGGGAAAGCGGUGAGAAAGUCGGCGCAGUUGGCAAAGUGGGCGACAGUCUCUUGGAUGUCAUUAUCAACAACCACCUUGAUUUCGAUGGUUUCGGAGCUUGUGAAGGGACACUGGCUUGCUCCACAUGCCACUUGAUAUUCAAACCAGAGGACUUCGAGAGGCUCAAGGAGCACCCUUCGGAUGAAGAACUAGACAUGCUGGACCUUGCCUAUGGAUUAUGCGAAACGUCUAGGCUUGGCUGCCAAGUGUACCUGACCAAAGAACUGAGUGGCAUGGAAAUCAAAGUACCUGCUGGUGUCAAUGAUGCAAGGGGAACAGACACGUGAUAACACAUCGGUGCUAGAUUUCGUUGGUUAUGCGUAGAAAUACAAAAUAUUUUUGCAGCA